GUCUGAAUUUCGGCGCCGGAGAUUGACGUUUAACGGCGGAUGCGCUGUCAAUGUUGCUGAACGUCAAUUGGUGGCUCGAACCCUAACUGGCUAGCUUAGCUUCCUCUACCUUCGCCCCCCAAUUCAUAGCGAAGAACACCAUAAACCCCAAAGAAACAGUCAAAUUUCAUGGAUUCAUGCCAGCGGGAAAGGACGCACUGAUCUUCCUGCCAAUUCGUAGGCGAUAUUUGUGUCCGUUUCUACUUCAGACGACGUGUUUAUGGAACAGAGGAAUUGAUUUCGACUUCCGUUAGCAAAGGAAAGUUGGAGUCCAGAGCAGCACUGGUGACUUCCCAAUUCCAAUAACUUGCGCCAUUAGUUUAUCUUGCUGCACCUCACCAUCAGAUUUUCAUAAGCUGCUGCAUCAGCAAGCAUGUUACUUUCUAGGCUUUCUCGAGUUGGACUUGGAGCGUCUAGAAUUCUCUCACGAGGAAGAUGCAUACCCUCAUGUAGAACAGUAUCAGUACCAAGGUCUUACGGUCAUUACUUGCAACCUCAGCUUCAAUCACAUCAAGAUAAGCUGUACGAGGCUUUCGUUUUUCAGAGGCAUCAUUACUUUUCCACCGAAGGUUCUAGUGGCGAAUCUUCAAAUGGAAGUCAAGAGAAGCAAUCGAUAUCUGUAACUUUUGUAGACAAGGAUGGGGAGGAAAAACAGAUUAAGGUCCCAGUGGGAAUGUCCAUGUUGGAAGCUGCUCAUGAGCACGAUAUAGAACUAGAAGGAGCAUGUGAAGGCUCGCUUGCCUGUUCGACGUGUCACGUUAUUGUGAUGGAUGUUGACUAUUACAACAAAUUGGAGGACCCAACAGACGAGGAGAACGAUAUGCUGGAUUUGGCCUUUGGGCUAACAGAGACUUCUCGACUGGGUUGUCAAGUGAUUGCAAGUCCUGAGCUUGAUGGGGUGCGACUAGCUAUUCCUGCUGCCACUCGGAAUUUUGCUGUUGAUGGCUUUGUACCAAAACCACACUAGUAACCCCUUGGAUUGGAGAAUAGCUAGAGUGGAAACAUCAUUCCAUUUAUGUCCCAGUUUUGUAGCUAGCAUUGUAGAGCGUUUAGGCUUGAUGAGAAACAUACCUUCUCCAAUGUUAUUAGUGUUGCCGUUUACAUUGCUGCAUGUUUCUGAUGCAAUAAUCUGGGUCAUGAAUGUAGUUAAUCUCGUUAUCCUGAAAUAGAAAGAUUUGAAACAGAAAUAAACUGUUUCCCUGUUGUAAACUUGUAUGCUCUGUAUUGGGGCUGACUGCAGGUUUUGUUUUCUCAAUAAAAAAAGAAAGCAAUGAAAAAACUAUUGUUUAGCU